AUGGAUAAUAUCACUCAUGAUCAAUUACAUGAUCAACUCCUCAAUAAUCCAAACACAACCACCUUCUGGUGGGAACAAGAUCCCACCGUCGACAUGCUCAUCGAAGAUCAUCAAACGACCUCCUUGCACCAAGAAUUAGAACUCGAAGAAGAAAAAGAAUUAAAAGAAGAUGAUCAUGAUGAAGAUGAAGAAGAAGAGUUGGGGGCUAUGAAGGAGAUGAUGUAUAAGAUUGCAGCCAUGCAACCGGUAAACAUUGAUCCGACAACAAUCCAUAAGCCCAAGAGAAGAAACGUGAGAAUUAGCGACGAUCCUCAAAGCGUGGCGGCUAGGCGUAGGAGAGAGAGGAUUAGUGAGAAGAUCCGAAUCCUUCAAAGGCUUGUUCCUGGUGGAACAAAGAUGGAUACGGCAUCCAUGUUGGAUGAAGCUGUUCGUUAUGUUAAGUUCUUGAAACGACAAAUUAAAUUGUUACAAACAAAUGUAAUUGGUCCAACCCUAGGAUCAGAUCAUCGUGAACUUGUCAACAUGAAUAGUACUCAUCAUCAUUGGCCGGUUUUCUUUGAUGAGCCACCAUCAACGGCGGAGAUAUAUCAUCAUCAACCCUAA